AUGAAGAGACCUAGAGCAGAAGAUUGUCUUGCUUACAUAAAAUCAGUGCAGAAAACAUCAAAGUUUAAUGAAUUCCUUCAAGUAAUGAAAGAAUUCAAGUCCUUGCCGACGUACGACUCCACCAAUUUGGUCUUUGUAACAGCAAGUAUUAAACAGGUAUUUCAUGGCCAUUCCGACCUUAUUCUGAGAUUCAACAUGAUAUUCUUGCCUAAAAGAUAUGCAAUUGAAGUCGAUGAUUACGCCGAGCAGAAUAGGGUAUUCAAAUCUACAAAAAGGGUUCAAGCAGAAGACUCCAAUAAGGCGUUGUUGUUGCAUGAAGCUGAUGAUUAUCAUGCAAUUGAAGUCGAUGAUUGUGCCGAGCAGAAUAGGGUAUUCAAAUCUACAAAAAGGGUUGAAGCUAAUAAAGCGUUGUUGUUACAUGAAGGUGAUGAUUAUCAUGAAGACUACAAAUUCUUUGAGAAUGUCAUCAGGAAGGAGAAGUUUAGAAAUCCUGAUGAGUACAAGAAAUACUUGAAGUGCCUGUAUCUUUAUAGCAAAAAGAUAAUUUCAGAAGGUGAAUUGAUAGAUAUGGUUGGUGAUUUGCUGCAAUAUGAUGGCACCGCCUAUCCGAGUACAGCAAAUAAGGAUAGAAUUCAAUCAGACCCCCAGAAGGAUGAAAGGGAGACAGGUUUUGAGGCUUCAACAUCAAAAAGGAGGAAACUUGAUGAACCCAUGAUUGGCCGUCUCUCAAACUGUGAAAUUGUGAAUCCAAGUUAUCAGCUUUCUACUGAGAGGAUUUUAACUAGCGGAAGGACACAACUUGGAGUUGCAGUAUUGAAUGAUUCUUGGGUGUCUGCAGAUAGUACUCCAGAAGGUGAUAGUAGUGAUACAUGUCAUUUCAAGAAAAAUGUUUAUGAAAAGAACCUGUUUAAAUUCGAAGAUGACAGAUGCGAACGCGAUAGGCAAUUUGAGUUGGUAAAAGGUACUAUUGAGUGUGUGGAGGAAUUGCUACGAGAGAUCGUGGAUAACACAAUCGAUGCGGAAAGUAUAUGUAUCAAGGAUCACUUUAAAGUGCUACAGCUUGGGUGCAUCAAACGCGUGUACGGUGAAUCCUGGCUGGGUGUGGAGGAUGCAUUACUGAAGGAUGCAGUUCCUGUAUUGCAUGAUAUAUUAACUCAAUUGCAGAAAAAAAUGAAGGAGGUGACGAGUCGUCUCUCAGUAACUUACAGAACGAAAAUGAAUGCAGUUUAUUUGAAGAACUUUAGAAAAUCUCUGGAUUAUGGUGGCAACUCCAGUGGCGAGCAGCAGGACACAACAAGUUCUAGUUCUAAAGACGAUGAUGCAUCUACUUCUACUUGUCCAAAUCUUUUAGCUGAGCCAACAACACAGGCUUGUUAA